UCCUGAGAAAAAUGGGCGCGCAGCAGGUAACGUCCCUCGUGUUCUUCCUGUACAUCUUCCGCCUACUUGGUCUCUCGGUCGUGGGCGCCUACGGUCCUGCGUGGGCGACGCUGCUGGUGGAAUUCCUCAACGGUCCCUGCUAUGGCCUCGGGUACACCGCCAUCGUCGUUUAUGCCGCUAAGAUCUCGCCUCCGGGAACGUCCAAUACGGUGCAGAGCGUCGUGAACAUUUGCUAUGAGAGUUUCGGCUACGCGACGGCGAGUUUGGUGGGCGGCGUCUUAUACCAGCAGUUCGGGGGUCCCAGAAUGUACCUGAUCUUCGGAAGUGUCUCAAUACUGGUUUUCUUGCUGCACGUCCUGUCGCUCCGGUUCCUGCCGCCCCCUGAGGGUAUGUCGAGAGGGUGGGUUGUGUUGCUGAAGGGAGUGGGUUGUGUUGCUGAAGGGAAGCAUGCCUUUGUGAGGAUAGGAGGCGGUGGUAUUAGGAGUGAGAGUGUGAGGAGGUUAGGAGUGAGCGGGGAGGCGGGAAGAGUAGAGUUGGUAGAGUUGAUGCGGUGGUAG